GACAAAGUAAAAGACUAAAAAGCUAAUCACACGAUAAAAGUAUAAACAAAAGAGAGAAUUUCUGCACUUCUCAUCAGUAGUAGCGCCUGUGUAAAGAAGAGAAACGCAAUUUUUUUACAAAUAAAAUUGGGUAUAAUUCCCUUCUCCGACAAAUUAGGGUUUUUGUUCAGCGAAGAAUGUGCUAAUAGAGGAAUUAUUUGGAUUUUAUUCUGCUAAUGAUUUCUCCCAUGGCUUCCAUCAUUUCACACACUUUCUCUCUCCUAUUUUUGGUCAACUGUUUUUCUCAGGACUUGCAUUGAGGUGUGAAGUUGUAACUAUGUUAUAGAUACUGAAAAAGCUGCCACAAGAUGGAACUAUGUCUCUGUAAUAAUCCGUGGUAGAGAUACUGUGCAUAUUGUCUUUUUCAUGAUACGAUUCCACUUAGUAACAUCUCUCUUUAUCCAACUUGCUUACAAUUGUUUGUCCUCGUCGGAGAAUACUUUGGAUAUCUGAAGAUUGCAGGCUUGUACACAUUGAUCUUGUUGAUUGUUGUGACUGAAUAAAGAUUGUAUAUUUCUCAAGGUGGUAUAUGCUAGUUUAGUAAAGAUUAAAGCCAAGGGGGUCGGGUUUAUUUGGUUCCACAAAACAUAGCUAAAACGGGGUCCCUAUGUUGUGUGGCCGCUAGGCCACAUGGAUCCAGUGCAACAAGCCGGGAGUGGCCUAUGGGGCCUCAUGAACCAUAUUGGCGAACUAAUACAAGCUUCUCACCUCCACCAUCAAGAUGGGAUUAUGGCUUUCAGCCUGAAGGCAUGCAGUAUGGCUCUAGUGACAGCAUUCAGUUGUUUGGAUCUACAUCAUCAAACAGUAAAGAAAGCAGGAGCUGGAUAAGAGGUGGUUAUCAUCCAACUCACCAAUACUCUGCAUCUGAGGGCGGUGCCCUGUAUUUUAGUAGUCCGUCUGAUGCCUCUCUUAUUCAGCCAUGGACUCCUCCACCAGUAAGAGGGGUCAGUAUUGAUGAUUUUGUAACUUCUGCCAGGAGAGAUACAGUAUCUGGGCCAUUAAGCUUCACGCCUACAAUGGAGGGUACAUCCAUGGUUCGAGAUGGCGGGGGAUUUACUUCACCUCACUCAGAUGGUAGUGAGUUUGAUCUCACAGGGAAGCUAAACCUUUCAACUCCUCGAAACUUCCCAAGUCGUCGUUCUUUCAUGUCCAAACCUAUUCAUCCUCUAUCCUUCCCGGCUCAUUCCUUUACAAGAGAAGCGUCUGCAAGUCCUGUUACAGGACUUUCUGCAUAUGAUGCUACCACUCCCCAGAGGGAUAAUCAUCGCUUGAGCAGUGGCAGCAGCAGCAUUGACUUAACAGAUAUUUCCGACCAAUUUGAGCCCGAGUUUCUUACUCGACCAUCCAAUGCUAGUGAGGUCUUUAAAUGUGGAUUGUGUGAUAGAUUGCUUUCUCAGAGAUCACCUUGGAGCUCAAGACGGAUUGUUAAAAGUGAAGAUAUGCCUGUUGCUGGAGUUCUUUCCUGCCGGCAUGUUUUCCAUGCAGAAUGCUUGGACCAAACAACUCCAAAGUCCCAUAAAAGUGAUCCUCCUUGUCCUAUUUGUUCUAAACCGGAGAGAGAGCACUCCCCAGAACAGCAUGUAUUUCCCAGAUUGCGCAAUCAUCUCCCACGACUUAGAGCUUUCAGUGAAGAGGGAACAUCAAGAAGUUGGGGUUGUGUUCAAGCUGGUGAUUGUGUUGAAGGGGCCUUGCAUACUCCACAGAAAACCAGUAAGUUGCUCCUUACCCGACAUAAAAUAAAAAACAGUCUUUCUCAUAAGGGUAGCUCAGGCAAAGAUUUUCCCGGCAAACUGAAGAAGACUACGUCGCUGCAUCUUUUUGGUGGAAGAUUUGCGGAUCAUGGUGCAGGUGGGUGCUCAAAGACAGCAGCUGGUCCUAGCAUUAAGAAAGGAUGAAUGGAGGGAGAAAGGUCGUGCGACUAAUUUCUGAAGUAUGGAUUUUGAUAACCUUUUUAAAUUAUAGGUGUAAAUCUGUAGUUUUUCUGAUUUGAACUGUUGGUUUACAUUCUAAAGAACACAUUUAGCUCUUAGUUGACAGCUAUUCAGAUUGCAGUUAGAUUCUUAGAUGAUAUUCGCUAGAUUUAUGUUUAUAUGUAUAUUUAAGGUUGUACUAAAAUUCUGGUGUGAUUUCGCUGCUCUGAUAUGAGCUUCAUCCUGUGUGGUUGUUGAUC